GAAGGGACGACCUCCGAGGGCCACGUUCGCGACAGCGCGACCCUUCGGUCCCCGCCCCGCCCCUUCCCGAGGCCGAGCUGUCUGGGGAACCGCGGUGCUGUUGGAGGCCCGGGGCAGAAACACCCACCAGGCGACCGCAACCCGGGAGGAAUUUUUCCUCACGGUUUCUUCCAGUUCUUGGCGCCAAAAAAGAAAAAAAAAAAGCCCUGGCUCCUCCCUUUGCCGGGACUUUGUAGUACGUAAAAACACGUAACGUUCCGCGGAGCCAAAAUAAUCCCUUCCACAGCGACCCCGGGGGAGGUUUAGCGCCUUCAGCGAGCCUCGGGACUCGGAGAAUUAGCCCCCAAGGCUCUACCACCCUUCUCUAGCGGGGACAGGGAUGUCUUUGAUCGAUCUCCACAGCGGAUUCCUCCGCCGGAGUUGAUCUUCUGCGGCCCCAGUACUUCCGGGUCCGCCAUUUUGUCACCUCCAUUUCUCCACGAGGGGGGGCUAAAGGCCCCCCCCACCCAAUGUGCAUUUAUGAAAAAGCCGAAAAAAGUGGCUAGUGCCGGCCGGGCGUCCUCCUCAGGGGAAAAAAAGGGACCAAACUGGCGGGAGCGGAGGUAGCAGGGUCGGCGGCACCCCUAACGCAGCGCUUCCUGAAAAUACUUGUUCUUAUGCAUAAAGAUGUCUUUGGUGGACCUGGGAAAGAGGUUGCUAGAAGCAGCAAGAAAAGGACAAGAUGAUGAAGUGAGGACUUUGAUGGCCAAUGGCGCCCCUUUUACUACGGAUUGGCUUGGAACAUCACCUCUCCACCUCGCAGCCCAGUAUGGUCAUUAUUCCACGGCAGAAGUACUCCUGAGAGCAGGGGUUAGCAGGGAUGCCAGGACUAAGGUAGACAGAACUCCUUUGCACAUGGCUGCAGCAGAUGGACAUGCACACAUCGUGGAACUUCUUGUCCGGAAUGGUGCAGAUGUGAAUGCCAAGGACAUGCUGAAAAUGACUGCUUUGCACUGGGCCACAGAACACCAUCAUCGUGAUGUGGUAGAGUUGUUGAUCAAGUAUGGAGCUGAUGUCCAUGCCUUUAGCAAAUUUGAUAAAUCUGCCUUUGACAUAGCUCUGGAGAAGAACAACCCAGAGAUUCUUAUCAUUCUCCAGGAGGCAAUGCAGAGCCAGGUGAAUGCCAACCCCGGGAGAGCCAGCCCGGUGACCGGCGCGGUGACGAUGGCUGCGCCCUUCAUCUUCACAUCGGGAGAAGUGGUCAACCUCGCCAGCCUCGUUUCUUCAGCCAGCACCAAGACCAGCACAGGUGAUUCCCACCCUUCACCAGUACAGUUCUCCAAUUCCACCACCUCCGUGCUGGCCACCCUGGCCGCUCUGGCGGAGGCGUCGGCGCCCCUUUCCAACUCCCAUAGAACCCCAGCCAAUUCAGAAGAAAUCAUGGAGGCAAGUUCUGUUGACUCAGCGAUCCAGCAAGUGGUGGGGAGUGGAGGCCAAAGGGUCAUCACCAUAGUGACAGAUGGAGCCGCCCUGGGUAACCUCCAGACUGCAAUUCCCACUGGUGGUAUUGGCCACCCAUUCAUUGUGACUAUGCAAGAUGGACAGCAAGUUCUAACUGUACCUGCUGGUCAGGUUGCAGAGGAGACCAUUAUUGAAGAGGACACAGAAGAGGAAGGAGCAGCCAGGGAGCUGCCAGCAGCCAAGAAACCAAGGAUAGAAGAGGUGACCAACCCCGUGGAAGAUGGCCAGGGAAACGAGCCUGACCCCAGUGGACUUUUACAGGAAGACGCAGAGAGAGAAUUGCUGCAGCAGCAGCUCCAAGAGGCCAAUCGCAGGGCCCAGGAAUACCGGCACCAGCUGCUAAAGAAGGAGCAGGAGGCGGAGCAGUAUCGUCUCAAGCUGGAGGCUAUGUCCCGGCAGCAGCCUGAUGGCACCGAGAUCACACUGGUGGAGGAGGUGGCCGAGGUGGAUGCUUUGGUGGUCACAGAGGAAGAGCUGGAAGGGAGGGGGGCGGAAGCUCUGGGGUCAGCGGGGAUUGUGGAACCUCACACUGAUGUUGCCAUGGAAACCGUUGCAUCCUAACAUUCCGGCUUCUACUCUACAUCCCCCUUCCUUUUUUCCUUUAAAAAAAAAAAAAGGAGAGAGAAUAUUAAAAAAAAAAAUGGGGAUUUUAAAAAAAGAAAAUAACAUUAGGACACAGCCCUGUGGGCUCCAGAGAUUUCUUCAUGCAACUGGAAAAUUAAAACAUAAAUUAUGGGAGGAUGUCUUCUGGGAUCCAAAGAAUGGGACCAAAUUUCUCAUAAUUUGUUUCAAGCAUAAAAGUGUAGGGGGUUUGUUUGCUUUUAUAAAUGUAUCCCUAUUUUUAAACCCCCAGAGUUUAUAUUUGUUAUGAUAGUUCCUCUUGCACACCCAGGCUCCUUAGUCAUAUGACCAGCAUGUCACCUGCAGUUUGCCUUGAACUUAGGACGGGUGCCUGUCUGCUAGAUGAAAUUUGGAGGGGGAAAAGGGAGCACCGGCCUUCAGAAGAGCUUGUUGUUCUCGGCUGUCCUGAUCUUGCCUGCACUGAAGACAGUUCUUCGGCAAUUGUCUGACAAGACUCGAGCUGUUUUGUGUCACAGCCAAGGGGCCCAUUUACAAAGUCUUUGGCAGCCUAACUUGGGGAGUUGUGCAGAAUGGCAGAAGUGGUAUGGGCAACUGGGAAGCCCCGUACCUCAAGGCCAUGGAUUCAGGUCUGGCCUCUGUUUGUCCCUGUCUGCCCCAAGCCCUUGGCAUUCCUAUCCACCCGUGCCUCUCCCUCCCACGGAGGCCGAACUGAUCGCAUCUCAUCGCCACAGAUUCUUCUGGGCCUGUCCGUUACUUCUCCCUUCGUCUCUGCCUUCCGGGAAGCACUUAGGAGAGCGGCUCAGGUGCCUGUGAACCUGCCACUGGGUCAGAGUUGUCAGCCUUGACUCGGGACUGCUGCGAGAGGAAAAGAAGCCCCCGGGCCACUUGAGGAGGGUCUCCUUCGUUUUCUGUAUGAGCCAGGAUGGAGAAAAAAAAUGCUUGUAAAGGAACAUGGAGAAGGGGACCGCCAGGGCGGGCCAGGUUGUGUUUUGGGGAAAGGCCUUCCCUCCAGACCUUUCUUCUUUUGUUGCAAAGCAGGGGAAGAAACCAGGGAGGGGGAGCCACGCCGGCACUGGGGGGGGGGGCCACUUAGGGUGGUUGUCAUAUGGAAUGAUCAUGGGGAAGCAUUUUUUAAUUUGGAGAAGAAACCAGACAGUUAACUUGCCUUUUUUUACCUUCAUUAACCAAGCAGAUUGAUGCAGUUUUCCAGUUUCAGAAUCAGUUUGGGCUUAGUUCUGAAAACAAGUCAAAAGCAAGUUUAACAAUUUGAUUUGGCUCCCCCAAGCCUUUGUGGCCCCUCCCGCCUUCCCACUGUCUUCUCGGUUACUUUGGGGUGUUUUUCCUAUUCCCAGAUUCCUUUUGGGGAACCUGGGUGAGAUGUGUGGUAGGAUUGUUUUAUGUUCUCUCUUCAUGUGUGACUUGGACGCCUUUUUUUUAUUUUGUUUUUGGACGCCUUUUUUUAAAUCCCUAGAAGCUCUUGGCCAAAGGGCCCCGACUUCCGGGCGUGCUCUGGGGCUGUGGGCGCUCUCCUUUGUCUGACAAGUGCAUUUGCUCCCGUGCCCCAGAGCCCCCUCUGUCCCGUGCUUAGAUUCAAGUUACUCUUGACUUCUUUCCCUGGAACCUUGGAUGGCAGGGGGUGGAAGGAGUAGUUCCAAGGACAUGUCAAAGGCUUGUUGGUGGAGAAGACCCGCUGUUUUCUUUCCCUUGGAGUAGAGAGGUCUUGGUCUUGGCUUGUAUGGCAGUGGCUCAAACAGGAUGGUACCAGAGGUUGGCUGAUGUUACAUGAGAGUAAUCCCCCAAAUUCUGUGCGUCUCUGGGAUUUGCUGGGGUAGGUAGUUGCCGCAAUCCUUCAUUGGUUGGUCUGACUUUAGAGGGUCCGAGAGGGCUUAUUGGCACAACGGUCAGAGGGUAGAUGGCAGGUCCUGGAGAGUUCAUAUUAAGGAGAAGGAAAUUUGGGAUCCCAGGGGUUGUCUCUUAAAAUAAAAGCUGCCUCAGAAAUGUCAGUGUUAUCAUCAGGAACAGUCUAAGAGUGAUUUGUCUUAUUCUUUCCUCAAAAAGGAACAAGCAGGAAUUCUUCCUUCUCAACUUUAGGGAAAGUGAGCCAUGAAUUUGUGUCCCUUUCCAUCAUUGUCUGUGGGGACUUCUCAGUUACAAGGGCUCGUUUAGGAUACAGAUGCACACGGGGUCUCAUCUCCCCACCCCCCUCUGAUCACAGCUUUAAAUCACACUUCCUCCCAAUUCAGUAAUGCCGGGAAUCUGGGACGGAUGAAAUGACUCGUUUUCUUUAUUCUGCUUUGAAAGAACUGAAUUCUUCAUAGGAAUCUCUGUGUAGGGA